AUGGAACUUGCCGAAAUGAAUUCCUUUAACGCUUUUUUUACUAAUCAAACCGAAACUAAUAUUGAAACCUUGUCUAAUGUUGAAUUUUUUGAUGAACAACACUAUGCAAACCACAAUUUUGUGGUUAUUAAUUCCUCGUCUGAUGAAGAAGAUAUUGAAAACUUACAUUUGAAAGUAACUUUAAGUCAAACAUUUCAAACUUGGAAUGAUGCUGAAAAAUAUUUAAACGACUAUGCAUUAGAAAAAGGUUUUAGUAUUCGAAGAAAAAGGACUGAGAAUCAGAUGGAAGACGGUAAUAAAAUUCUUCGAAAAAUUAGCUGGGAAUGUUGCUGUGCAG